GCUAAAACUAUAAGUAGCGGCACCGUAAGGUAGAAAAUGAAGCCUAGGCUGUGUUGGCUUUUCACAAGAUCUGACAUCCCACUGCGCGCCGUAGAACGGCACUGUCCGCUAGGCCGACAGCAGGCGAUGCGUCUCCCACAUCCCCAUGCUUGCUUACCUGCGUCGCUGUACGUCCGUCAGCUUAUCUACAUUCACCCCUGACUGCCCAUCUAUCUACCUACGUACCUACCUCUCCUCCCUCUUCCUCUCCUUCUUCCUCUCCUUCUUCCUCCCUCCAUGCCACAGCUUCCCACACUCUACCAAAAUACUCGACUCAUCCCAUCUCAUCCGCAUGCCCCAUCUUACCACACUCAUACCUCUAAAACCGUUUACCUUAGCUACGCUGUCGGCAGAAGAGCGGUUCACCUUUCUUACAUCCUACCUACCCACCCACCUACUUACCUACCCAUCACAAGCUCUCAUACGCCCUACCCACACUAAUAAACCACCUCGUCUCGCCUCUGCCCACCUAUCGAUCCAUAGGUACAUACAUCCCCGCUUACUGCCAAGCUCAAGCAAUAUCCUCCUACAUCGCCAGCCAAGCCCUCGCGACCUGUCGGGAAUCGUCUCAACGCCCAAGAGAGAGAGAGAGAGAGAGAGAGAGAGAGAGAGAGAGAGAGACAGCGAGAAAGACAGAAACGGAUACAAAAACAAACAAACCGGACAUUAUCCCCGCAAACGAGAAAACGUAGAAGGAGGGCUACAACCACAGACGACGGGGAAGUACAUACCUAUGUACUUACUGGCAGUGACAGCGGCAGCAGCAGCAACAACAUAAGCAGCAAAAGGCACCAAAGCAAGAGCCAAUUAAAGCAAGCUAAAGUACGAAAAACACCGAAAUGGAGAUAAGAGCGCGAAAUAAUAUGUAAGCAGCACGCGGCAUUAACUAAUAGCAGGCAGUUUCAGCAGGCAGGCAGCCCGUAAAGCAGAAGCAGCAUCAUCUCAUUCCAAACGCGACCCCAUCCACGCACGCACGCAGCCAG